UUACAAUCCGUUUGAUGGGCCAAAUGAAAACCCAGAGGCUGAACUUCCUCUCACCGCAGGAAAAUAUCUUUAUGUGUAUGGAGAUAUGGACGAAGAUGGCUUUUUUGAAGGUGAACUUCUAGAUGGACAGAGAGGUCUGGUCCCAUCCAACUUUGUGGAUUUUGUGCAGGAUGAGUCUCGUUCAUCUGGCAGUUUGGCCAGCGAGCCAGAGCAGAACGUUCUCAACCACAGCAGCCACCUGGUCGAAGGAGAAGGCCAUUUACCGGUCCAGUUAGACUCCAGCAUCCUCAAUAACGGUGCAGGGACUCUGGAUGUGAACAUUGAUGAAAUCGGCGAAAACAUUGUGCCUUACCCUAGAAAAAUUACCCUUAUCAAACAAUUAGCCAAAAGUGUCAUUGUGGGCUGGGAAGCUCCAGUCGUGCCACCUGGAUGGGGGACCAUCCAUAGCUACAACGUCCUAGUCGACAAGGAAGUGCGCAUGAGCGUCUCCCUGGGGAGCAAAAUGAAAGCUCUCAUAGAGAAAUUGAACAUCGCUACUUGCACUUAUCGGAUAUCGGUUCAAAGCAUAACCAGCCGGGGGAACUCAGACGAACUUCAGUGCACCCUGUUGGUUGGGAAAGAUGUCAUUGUGGCACCUUCCCACCUGAAGGUCGACAAUGUCACCCAGAUUUCGGCAGAGAUCAGCUGGCUGCCAACGAACAGCAACUACAGUCACGUCAUCUUCCUCAAUGAAGAGGAAUUCGACAUCGUCCGGGCUGCCACCUACAAGUAUCAGUUUUUUAACUUGAAACCUAACAUGGCCUACAAGGUCAAAGUUUUGGCCAAGCCCCAUCAGAUGCCCUGGCAGCUGCCUUUGGAGCAACGGGAGAAAAAGGAAGCUUUCGUGGAAUUUUCGACCUUGCCAGCAGGUCCACCAGCUCCCCCUCAAGACGUCCGAAUUCAAUCCGGUCCAACUCCUGGAACUAUCCUGGUUUCUUGGAAGCCACCAGUCCUCACUGCUGUGGGGACCUCCAAUGGAGCCAAUGUGACUGGCUAUGGUAUUUAUGCAAAGAGCCAACGGGUGGCAGAAGCGAUGUUUCCAACUGCAGACAACAGCAUUGUGGCGCUAACCAAAAUCCAGAGCCUGGAUGCCAGAGAAGUCCUCGUCCGGACCAUCUCUGCCCAAGGGGACUCCGUGGACUCGUUGAGCGCUCCCGUCCCACCUGACUUACUGGUGCCUCCUCACCCUCCGCCAGCUCCCAAAUCUAAGCCAUUAACAAGUGCCAGUAUCCCAGAUACCAAAGAAGAACAUUUGUGUCCCCACGGAAAAAGGGACGACUCCUGGGAACAGACCCGUGCGGCCUCCCCUGUCCGCGGGCACACUCUGGAACCGCCCAACUUCCACAGCCCACUUCACGGACAGCGCUCGCCAUCUCCCAACCGGAUCCUUCCGCAGCCGCAGGGCACCCCUGUGCCUAACACAGUCGCCAAGGCCAUGGCACGAGAGGCGGCUCAGCGGGUGGCGGCCGAAAGCAACAGGAUGGAGAGGAGGCCCGCCUUUCCAGAAAGAAGCAACGCGAUGCAGUACCCCAACUCGGAUGAGGAAGAAGACGGCUACGACUCGCCCAGGGUCAAGCGAAAAGGAGCUUCGGUGGAUGACUUUUUGAAGGGCUCCGAACUUGGGAAGCAGCCCCACUAUUGCCAUGGGGAGGAAUAUCACACGGAAAGCAGCCGAGGGUCCGAUUUGUCGGACAUUAUGGAAGAAGACGAAGAGGACUUAUACUCAGAGAUGCAGCUGGAAGACGGUGGGCGGAGACGAGUUAGCGUCACCUCGCAUAACACCCUGAAG